AUGUCGCGGAGACUUCUCAACCGCCCGGGCGGCUCAUCAAAUCCAUCUUCAUCAUCUACCACCGAACUGCCAGAAUACGAGCCACCAGCAUGCCCUCUCACAGAUGUGGCCCGUCGCAAUCUCAACAACCUAUCCAACACUGGCACAAGCGCCGUAUACCAACAGCAAGUUAGCGAGUCCAUUCGACUCCUCGGCUUUAGUGUCAGCGACAUACAUGAGCGCUUGCGCACACAGCGAGAGAGCCUUGCGAACCAGAAAGCCAGGAGAGAAGAAAAGGGCAUAGAUAAAACCGAAGACGAGCAACGCCUCGAAGCUCAUCUCGACAAAUUCGAGGCGCGUAUCAAAGAGUUAACCGAAUCGUCUGAGAAGGCUGUUCGCGAACUUAUAGACCACAGAGCUGAGCUCGAAGAUGAAGCUGGUAUUCUCAGCGAACUGUGCGACAUCACCAGUGCUGAAGCGCAACAACAAAGACAACAACAGGAAGAACAAGGCGAGGGGGAUGAUCAGAAGGAUCAGGUAGCUGCGUCUAGCGUUAUCGAAACCUUCAAAGACUUGCGCGUCAAGAAGGACGCAGAAUACAAAGACAUGUCUGCCCACCAGCGGUACGCACUCAACAAUGACUAUGCUGGCUUCAAGAAGCUCUGGCAUGAUGCCGCAGCAGGAGAAGAAGGACCACCACUGCCAGAUGCCUCCCGCUGGUUCACUCAAGAUGGCGAACCCGUUAUGGACGGCGCUGCCGCGGGUGCGGACGACGACGACGACGACAUUGCCAUUGCACACGAGACCAUCAGCAUCAACUGUCCUUUAACGCUACAGCCCAUGAAAGACCCAUACACCAACCGAAACUGCAAGCACACAUUCGAAAAGUCGGCUCUGCUCGAAUAUCUGCCCAUGCGAGGAGAAUCCCAAUGUCCACAAGCAGGCUGCUCACAGAGUUUCUCUCGUGCCCGAUUCGACCAGGAUUUCUUUCAUGACCAAGCUAUGGUGCGUCGCAUCAAGCGCGCCCGCCAGGCACAAGCACAGCAAGAGAUGGAAAUGGAUGACGAAGAGGACGCUGAUGGUGAUGACGAAGUUAGGGUUAGAAGCCAACAAGUCGCUCCCGGAAGAGCACUCAAGAGGGAGCAAAGGGGCGACUGA